AUGGUGUGCAGACAUCUUGCGAGCCUUGCCGCCGGUCAAAACUACGCUGCGACCAUUCCACUCCGACAUGCAAACGGUGUGUUCGCCGUGGAAAUCUCCUCGCCACAUAUGCCUGCAAGUUCAGACAACAAUUGGGACAAGAAAGCCCAAUCGGUCACGCCUCCUGACACCCUGGGACUGAUGAGCUAUUCUGGCGGGUUAGGCGAGAGCGAGGAUCAUCUAAAUGGGAUCCUCACGCCGCUGGCAACCUUGGAACACAAUCGGGCCAGCUCGAGUUCAAAGCAGUUUCAGCUGGGCGCACGGCUACUGCUGACGUUGUUUGAGAAUCUGUCGCUCUACGAGACCGUCGCGGAAAAUCGUUUAGACAAUUCACCAGAAGGUUGUGUUGUCGGCCAACAUCUCGUCCCCAUGAUCUUUACGGCCUUGAAAGAUAACCACAGACUCCUGGCAAAUGACCAGGAUGAAAAAGAGCGGUACUAUGAGAACCUGCUAGGCUGGUCCCAGAAAAUAUUUGACGAGACCUCGCAGACGAUCCAGGUUGCUCCGCUCACGGCACCCGAGGAAUAUCUUCGUUGUAUCUCCAAUCGAUGGGAAGGCAUCGGGUUGGUCUUCUCCAUUGUGGGUCAAGGUGCAAUGCUAGAGAGAGACUGGAAAACUGUAUCUCAGUUGACAGAUGCUGCACCAGCAGAUCAAAGAUCACUCGGGGUGCUUGCGGCCACUGCCAGCGAUGCUUGUCUCCAAUUUUGCGAUGACUCAGGCGUAGUCCAUGAUCCGCUGGGGUGGCUGCUGUAUCAGCACACCCAUCUGCUGACUUUGGUCUAUGGUAACAACGAUUAUCGAGCGUGGCGAAAACUGGCCCAAUUGUCAACUGUGGUAUUUACUCUCGGGCUGAACCAGACCGAACUCAACGCGCGCAUGCCUUUCUUUCUGGCCGAGCUCCGUAGACGCCUGAUGGCUGGCGCCUAUAUCAUGGAUAAGCAGCUGUCCACGUUCCUUGGAAGACCGCCCCAGAUCAUCUGGAGAUACUGCGAUGUGCAACUUCCUCUGGAUCUGCGUUACGACGAAAUCCUUGCGGACCCGGCUACUCGAGAUGCUGCCAUCGGCAGACUGGACGCGAACGGUUGGAAAAGCCAAGGUGUCAUCCAACAGGCGCAGUGGCUGCGAGUUGCUCUUUUGGUCGGCUCAAUCAGAGAGCAAAUCCUCGAAUUGUCGCUGAGCCGCUGUGUCGAUGACCUCGCCCGGAAAGCCAAGCAAGUGUCUGAUAACUCCCGCAGAACGUGGGAUGAACUACCCAGUUUCCUUCGCUGGCUUCCUGGCAGUGCCAGCUCGGACGACAGUGGCAGUCUCAUUCCCCUCUAUCUCGACUUCCUCUACAAUGACUUCCUUCUCUACCGGCUGCUUGUUAGGCGCUCCCAGACCGAGUUGGAUGCCUUGAUCAACGUCUCCCAGAAUAUACUGGGCACGGCUCUUCAGCUCAUCGGGAGGAAGAUUGCAUGGGGAAAUGGGACAUACAACAUGGGAUGGAACGCCUCUUCAUUCGGUAUGCCGGCUGCCGGCGCUCUCGCAAUUGAGCUACUGUGCCAAAGUGACCGGUCAUCACGGUCUGCUCCGUCGAUGUUCCGACGGCCCGAAACCAUCCAGAACCUGAGCGUCUUUGCAUCUUACCUCCAAUACGUCGUUCGACCGCAUGAGGGAAAUUACAACAUCUGCCAGCGUGCACGCGUUAUCCUUUGCCGCAUCCUCAACCUGGCCUUAUCGGCCAAUCCGUCGCCGUUGCCCUCUAGUUUACCUGCUGAUGCGGUAGCGGCGGAUUGGUUGAAUGGGGAGUCGAUCUUGCUGGACGAUGGGACGAAUCUCCUGGAGUGGAUCGAGAGUCGACUUGAUCAGUUCGAAUAGCUUUCGCCGUGCGCAUUGAAAGCAGAAGCACCCACCUGGUCUAUACGAGCUAUAUAAUGAACACCUGACUAUAAGCUUUUUCAGCGUCUCCCCGAAACCUGUGAACAGCAACAAGACAGAUACCUCCCCCUUGCCAGGAAAUCCUUGAUCAUGGUGGCUCCUACCUCACUCGGCGCAGGAUUGACCGAUUGAGAUGCUGAGGAGACACCGAUUCGAUCCCCCCCAGGUGCAGCGUGA